UGAACGUCCACUCCAGGUCUUCUCUCCUCACAGCUCCGUACAAACGCCAGCAGCAGCCGCACUACUCACGGCGGCGCUGGCAUCGUUAUACGGCGGCAGCAGCCAGGGCAGCAGCACCAGCAACAGCAGCCGAACGAGCGUGCUGCCUCGCUCUGCUCCCCGGCGGAGACCGCGCGGUACGUUCACGUCGCAUCGCAGAGGAGGUUGACUCCGUGCGGCUCGUACGGGCGCGGCAUGUUCGCGCGAACACACGGUCGCUCCUCGUUCUUCUCUGCGUGCGUCGAGCGUCGUAGUGGUGCGUGGUGUGUACGGUGCACGGAUGGUCUCGGGCGACGACGUUCCUGCUUUUUCUUCGUGCCCGUCGAGGGGACUGAGAGCGGAGAACGACCGACAGUGGCUACUCUAAGCGAACGCCGCUGGAUUACGAUGCUACGCUAGGAGUAAUCAUUCGCCCCCGGUGUUUGCUUGUCGGGAACCGUGGCAUGACGGCUACGUAGCCAUGGGAGGCCACUGUGAUCACCGCCUAAGGCGGCUCGUCCCUCGGAUAACGGAUUUUCGGAUUAAAUCUAGCCCUUCUUCUCACCCUACUCGCCUGCACGACAGACGCCUCCGAUGCACUGUCCAGCCAAGGAAAAGGAGGCCGCGCGCCGCGCAUCACGGAGCAGCCGGUGGACGUGGUGGUCCGCAAGCACGAGCCGGUCACCCUGAGGUGCAGCGCGGACGGCGACCCUCCUCCGCGGAUAGCGUGGUUCCACGACGGGAAGAGCGUGCGCGACUCGGCCACGCGCAUGGUUCUGCCCGAGGGACAGCUCUUCUUCCUGCAAGUGCAGCACAGCCGCCGGGAACAGGACACCGGAAUCUACUGGUGCACGGCCACCAACGCGUUGGGCACGGCACGAUCGCGAAACGCCAGCGUCGAGCUCGCCGCGCUUCGCGACGAGUUCCGGCAGCUGCCCAAGAGCGUCCGCGUGGCGGCGGGAGAGUCGGCGACGCUGGAUUGCGUUCCUCCCAGGGGCCACCCCGAGCCCACGGUCACCUGGUUCAAGGACGGCGCCCAGGUGCAGCCGGGCACGGGGCGCGUACGCCUCCUGGCCCAGGGCGCUCUACUCAUCGCCGACGUGCGUCUCUCCGACCAAGGUCGCUACGUGUGCCGGGCGGCCAACAUGCUCGGCACGAGGGACUCGCCGCCAGCACUGCUGUCCGUGCACACGAAGCCGUACUUCGUCCGAGUUCCGGAAGACGUGACAACACUCGCAGAAGAAUCUGUGGCAUUCGAAUGCAAAGUCAAUGGCGACCCGAAGCCGACGGUCACCUGGAGGAGGCAGGAUGGAAAGAUGCCCAUCGGAAGAGCAUACGUUCAAGAGGACAAGAGUCUGCACAUCAAGAAUGUCGCUCCUGCGGAUGAGGGAAUAUAUAUAUGUGAAUCAGAAAACAUUGUUGGCUCAGCUUCUGCCUCGGCGACACUUACUGUGCACUCUCGUCCAACAUUCCGCCUCACUCCCCAGGACCAGAAAGUGGGGCUCAACGGUGUCGCCAAGUUCGACUGUCUGGCGACAGGCAACCCCCCGCCCUCCGUGUUCUGGACCCGGGAAGGCAACCAGGUGCUCAUGUUUCCGGGCAAGUCACACGGCCGCUUCUCGGUCAGUCACGAGGGCACGCUGACCAUCAGUGGAGUGCGCAAGGAGGACCACGGCUACUACGUCUGUUCCGCUUUGUCUGUGAUCGGUUCGAGCAUGGCCAAGGGUCACCUGGAGGUCACCGCAAUCGCCGACCUCCCUCCGCCCAUUAUACGACUGGGGCCGGCCAACCAGACACUACCUGUGCACACGGCCGCACAGCUACCGUGCGAGGCGGCCGGCACACCCAAGCCUGUUGUGCAGUGGCUGUAUAACGGUUCACCUCUGAACUCCGAAGAACGGCCUCGAUUCACGUUGCUUGAGUCUGGCACGCUGCAGAUAAAAGACCUUCAGGUGUCGGACAGUGGUGCGUACACUUGCAAGGCGUCAAGUGAAAGCGGCGAGACAUCCUGGACUGCGUCUCUGACUGUCGACACCCCGCAUAAUCCAAAUGUAAAUUUUCAUCGUUCUCCUGACCCGUCCACAUUUCCCGGGCCUCCUUCGCAGCCUGUUGCGGUAAACACAACGGAAACUUCGAUAACACUAACUUGGGCACGCAGCGAGAAAGCAGGCGCAUCAUCGCUCAAGGGAUACACAAUUGAAUACUACAGCAGCGACCUCGAAAGUGGAUGGGUUCUGGCAGCCCAUCGAAUUCUCGCCGAAACGUACAACAUCCAAGCCCUUCGUCCCGAUUCACGCUAUAUCUUCAUCGUACGAGCGGAAAAUUCUCACGGACUAGGAGUACCCAGCCCUGUUUCUGAAACUAUACGAACUUUAGGAAUGGCCCCACAUUUCCUGCCCGAGUACGAUCUUGACGAAGCACGAGCAAAGCUAAGUGCUAGUGUGGUGACCCUUCAAGACAUACGCGCCAUGAGUUCAACAGCUGUCAAGUUGAAUUGGAAGAUUCAAGGCAGCAAGGAUUAUAUGGAGGGCUUUUACAUACGGUUCCGGGACAUGAGUGGUGGUUCACAAAAGUACAACAUGGUGACCGUGCUGAACGGUGGAGCCCUCUCUUACGUGCUUAACGACCUUAGGAAGUUCACGAAGUACGAAUUCUUUCUCGUGCCAUUCUACAGGAGUGUUGAAGGCCCGCCAAGCAACUCAAGGAGUGUUGAAACACUUGAAGAUGUGCCAACAGCACCACCUGAUAGCGUGGAAGUCCAUGUUCUCAACAGCACAGCUGCCACUAUAUUCUGGUCUCCCCCACCACCUCAGCAUCGCAAUGGAAGGCUCAGAGGAUACAGUGUGUAUCUGAAUGGAAAUGCCUCUGACCUCCAUUUAAAUCAAAGCACAAACUCUACAACUCAUAGGCUUACAUUAAGCAACCUGAAGGCAGGAGCCAACUACGAAGCACGUGUGGCUGCUGUGACCACCGUUGGUGGGGGACCAGCCAGCAGUCCCGUCCACUUCAAAAUGGAAAGCCCAAUGUCCUCAACAUCACUGUCUUCUCCCCUUCAAAACAUUGUGACACAGUCAUGGUUCAUUGUACUUUUUGGAUUCUUGCUGCUUACAGCAGUGACAAUUUUUGUGAUAUUUUUGGUACGGAAAAGACGGCUGGAACAUGCGAAGACAAUUUUAACAGCUCCAGUAUAUAUGCAAGAAAACAUCAGAAAUUGCUUCAACUCGCUCUCUGGCCCGGCCAGCCUGAGCCCUCAUGAAGCUUUGUGGAUUGACCAUAGUGCCUGGAGGACUUCUGAUACGUCUAAGGAGGACUUCUGUGAAACAAAGGCUGUUAAGAAGAUGAGUUGUGCUUCGAAUGAUCUCAACUAUUCUAGCGUCUACGCGCCUCUAAACUGUGGCAUCAACACUGCCGACUAUGCAGAAGUGGACUCUUACAGCAUGACGACCUUCUACAAAGAUGGCCUUCAGUCUAUACCGGAGCCUUAUGCUACUACCACGUUGAUAAAUCCUUCAUUCCAGAAGAGUUCAAGCGGUUCUGCCAAAGACAGUCGUAGUGGGAGCUCGGCGGAAGAAAGAAGCCGGACAUCAGACAAAGCUUUCGACCUUGAGCUGAAGCACACGAAUGAAGGUGUUACAGAUCACCUUUUGGAAUCUGUCAAGCUCACUAGUCCGGCCAGUGACUCGGGAAGUUACACUACAGAUGAGUACGGAAUGCCCGUGAAAAAAAGCCGCCAGAAGUUUUCGCGGGGACGAGCCGCCUCUAAGGGACCUCUAAUGAAUUGGUCCGAAAUCAUUCCUCCACCACCCGAGAAGCCACCCAGUGAAGUUGGUUCCCAACUAAAUACUCCUUCGUCCCUCAGAAGGACGUCACCUCAUAAUAGACAGCCAAAACAAAGCCUCCAACCAAGUACAGCGCAGCUAUCCCACAAUUUAAGGGGAAUGCAAGUCCUGCCACGACUUCCUGCCCCAUCGCCUAAGGGUUCCCUAAAUCAGUCCAGCAACAGUCUAGGGAACUGCCAUGCAGACCUCUACCAAGAGGGCAGCCCCUUUCUUCCCAGGCCAACCAAUUCCUUUUUGAAACCUUUGCAGCCACAGCACAUUCAACAGCCACAAACGCAGAUAUUCAGUAACCCGUUUAUGGAUCGAGGAGUACAAUCAUCACUGCCAUCGCUCAUCAGCGAGCCUACAUCCUUCAAUUCUGCCAUGGAGUCAUCAGGUCCACGGUUGGCCACACUUCAAGGACACAUCUACCAGCCAGGAGAUGCCGAAUCUGAUCUGGAGGAUGCAUCACAGCCGCAGUCGUUGGAGUCUAGUGCUGGAGGAGACACAGAUUAUGCACCGAGCCACACACCAUCCUGGGCCAGCACAACCGAGCAAAGCAACAGUUCUUGCACGAGUGGCUGCUCGAGCGGGGAAAGUUCCUACGAUGACUCUGUCUACAAUGAAGGGGACUUUGCGAGUGCGGUAAUGCGAGCAGCUCAAAAUGCUGGCUUCCAAGUCAAUGGAUCGGUCAUCUCUACAGUGCCUCCACCAGCAGCGCAAGAUGGCAAAAAUACCAUUCCCGAAUGGCUGCUCAACCAACAAAAUGAUGAACUCCGAAACACACAAAGGCACGGAAUUAAAACGUUAAUUCAUCACGCCAAGGAUGAUGGAGUCUCGUACGAGCAGCAAAGUUUCCCGAUAUAUGACGACCCUCCCGACAUGGUGGCACCUCCGAGAAGAUCGGGGAAGCAGAGCUGGAAGGUAGUCAGUUGAGACGACGUCACUGCCCAAACUUGCUACUCAAAAUGGCUUGCCCGUAGGCUUUCCUAUUAGUAAAAAGGGCAGCAGCGACUCAGGCAGGACAUCCGUGUGUAUAUUUAAAUCAUGGGUCAACAUGAAGUGGGUCAACUUUCAACAGAGGUUCUCCUCUAUGCACGAUAUGAUGAGCCCUCAACGAUGGUAGUUGAAUCAAGAUCACCGAGUGAGAUCCUGCCACUUACGGAUGCAAAGACGAAAGCGCCGAACGAAAGGUCUCUCGUUGAACUUCAAUGUGAUUUUUCUGACCAAGUUCCUUUUGUUGCCGAAGAAAGAGUGAUCCUAAUUUAUGUGAGAAGUCCACCGAAGCAUGCAAGAUGGUGAUGUGUGUGCCAAACGAGAAGUGAUGCCAUGAUGCAAUAAUUGGGAAAUUAUAGGACAUGCCAGUAGAGAAGACACUGUAUAGUGUGUGUUCAUGAGAUGUGCGAGUGCAUGUGUGUGUAGAAUGAGUGUAAAAAAUGUACAGUGUGUGUUCAUGAGAUGUGUGAGCGCGCGUGUGUGUAAAAUGACUGUAAAAAUGUGUGACAGUGUUUGUGUAAAUGUGCGUGCGCAAUCGCAAGCACAACUCCUUUUGUAAUACGUUAAAACUUUGAUGUGCCUAAUGGCGGACAUUGUUAUUGUCUGGCACGGUCUUCACUCCCGUGCCACAUCCCAGCAUAUCAAUGGACUGAACUGUGCGGUUUGUUUUUGUGAUGCUUCGCGAGUUGUAAAUUAGUGUAUAGGCCUAACAUGACUCAAUGGUACACCACGAAAAAGGCAGGCACGAUCGAUUAACCUGGACGCAAUGAAUAUCGCGAGGAGUAACGCGUUGAUUACGAAGCCAUAAAUUUUCAGCCUGCUUUUUUUUCCCGCUGUACCUUGAAGCCAUUUUUUCGGACUGUUGAAACAGCACUCUAAGGCACUGUUUCGGUGGAGCAUAGUUACUCUCCAAUUCCUCAUUUGUCGUUGGUUGGUGUACAGGUAGCAGCGGAAUGUUUUUAAGCAGGCACAUCGUGUCAUGCGGCUUCUUAAUUUAUUGUUGGAUAUUUAAUUUUUAAGCGGUGAUAGUACUUGCAGGGAAAGAAGUGUGCAUGUACAAAGAGAAAAAAACAGUCACCAGAAAUAAAAUUCACUUUUUUCUCUCCUAUGAA